AUUAAAGUGAACGUGUGCUACUCCCGGGAACGCGGGCCGCUGAUACGACUGCCCUCUACUGAUCCACACCCGGCCUCAAGUGACAACCGCGGGAGUGACGCUGUUUAGGUGAAUGGACGUAGACCGAAAACCAAGCAGCAAAAUAAAAGAACGGAAUCAAUUAUGUAAAUAGAGACCCGUUCAGUUCUGUUCCGCCCAGUUCGGGUCCGUUAAUUUAAUGCAAACGCACGGUGGUUGAAGGGCGCACCGGCAACGUGCUGGUAGAGCGGCAGCAUUCAAGCACGGUGCGAGCAAUUAUCGUGGCUGUUUAUUUGUCUCCGAGCGGAUCGAGCGGGCAUCCGGUAACCGAUUUGCCCAUUGAUGUGGGCCAGGUCGUGUCCCGAUCCUUUGGCUCAUCCCCUCCAGUGUGUUUGUGUGCAUUUGUUUGGUGUGGUGUGUGUGUUCUAGCGACGAAAGAGCGAAUGACAAACACAUAACGAUCCCCCCCCCGCCCGUUUUUUCCUCUCCUAUUGCCGAGCAGGUUGGUUAGCGGCAGAAGAAAGUGCUCCGAAAUGAAAUGAAAUUUCGUGCCUGCGUGUCCUGCGUUUCCUCCGGAAGUUGUGCAUCAGUGGUGUGGUGAGAAAGAGUGGCGCCCUUUUUUUUGUUUGUUGGGUUGCUGUUUGUUGCUCUGUGCGUGCGGAACGUGUCUGGAAAUUACCGCUCCUGCAGCAUGAACGUGUGUACGUAUGUGUGUGGUGAAAAGGUGUGAAAUUCGCGUAAUGAUCGUUAAGACAAGUGGCUAAUUUACUGGUAACAAGUGUAACGUCGCAACGCUACAAAAAGGAUACAAACGGAAAGCACAGACGCACACUCUCAACAUGCCAAAGAUGAUGUACGUGGUCGCCUGGAACGUUAUGCUGCUGAUGCUGAUGUUAAAAGAUGCCAGCUCGGUGUACAUCACGAAGCUAUCGGUGCCCCGGGUUUACGUGCUCGAUAAUUACCAUCACCAUCGGCACCAGCACCAGCAAUACCUUCAGGCGCACCACCAGAACCACCAUCCAUCAUCACCAGGACACCGGACACGGGGUGAUGGUGAUCCCGACAUACCCUUCGGUGUACCAGCACCCCAGGAACCGUUCAGCGGCAGCCGGUCGACCGAAGCCGGCCCUUCGCACCAUCUUGUGCUGGACUGCGAGUACUUCAUCGAGCCGGACGAGACGGGGUUCGUGCUGAAGUGGCUCCACAACGAUGUUCCGAUCUACCAGUGGAUCCCCCCGUACCGUAGCCCAUCCAGCCUGAACUGGAUGCGUGAUCACGUGAACCGGUCGUUCACGCGGGGUACCGAGGCCAUGCACAAGCACCGAGCCCUGGCCCUAAUGCAUCCGACGCCCGAGUUUGCCGGCAAGUACAGCUGCUCGGUGCAAACCUUUCAAUCGGGCAACAUCAAGUCCGCGGACCUGUUCAUAAUCGUGCCCGAAUCGAGCUUCGUGCUGAAGUACUACCGCAAUCUGAGCGAUCUGGUGACGGUACUGUGCAGCGUGUACGGUAUCUUCCCCGCACCGGAACUGUCGCUUUGGGUGAACGAUUAUCGGCUGGAGAACGGGAGUGUGAACGAAAUUCCGGUCACCGGUGAGGGUCUGUUCGAUAGUUCGAUCAGCAUACAGCUGGUCCUGUACGAGUCGCUGCAGGCGGACGAUGUGAUCAAAUGUGUCCUCACGAUCCCCGGGACCGAGUAUCGGCGUACGAAGGAGACGGUCUUUGUCGACACCACCAGCAGCAACUCGAGGAUAUUCGAGGAAUCGAACUCCAUACUGGAUCCUUUCGGAAUGGUUUCGUCGACCGGUGGAACGAAGGUACUGGCACCGACAGCAUUACCAACGAGCAGCGUGAUACCCACAACGACGACGACGACGGUGACGAUGGCGAAGGAGAGCAGUCAGCGGCCAACAAGUGCUGUGCUGGUCGUGGCAUCACCGGAUGGACCAGCAAGGCAACCGCCAAGCCAGGUGGCCCAGGCCAUUCCGUCCGUCAUACGGCUCCGGCCAACCGCCAGUUCCACGCGUGUCCUAACCGUCCAGCAGUCGAACGCGGUGGACUCGGAUGAGAUAAUGAACGUGCUGGACUUUAAGGAGAUUCUGAACGAGAAUCUACUGUACCAUAAUGGCGCCGGCACUGCGGUGACCUUAGGUCUACACGCAGCAAGCUGGCUGAGGUUUGCGGUCAUAAUGGUGCCUUCGUUGCUGCAGAUUGGAUGGCACACGCUAAGGAUGCUCCAUUCGUAAUCCGGUCGCUGGCGAGGACGGCGACUACAGCGACGGCAACGAUGCUGCGACGAAAGAGGCGAUAGACUUAUGACAUCCCGACUUCCCGACGGGAGGGAUGGUGGACGGAGACACUCGGAGAGAACCGGAAACCGAUGCUACUUUAUUGUGUUUGAACGCUUCGCUCGAGUGUAGUAAGGGAGCGUGAGGAAAGGCAAGUGGAAAGCCUCACCGCACGUGAUGCCCAGGUGGAACCCGGAGACUUCUCAUUUGAAGGUGAUCCAUUCAAGGAUGCAAGGCUAGAAACAGAAGCUCAUCGCCGGGAUCUAGUUUAGAUAAAACUGGCCAAACGGUAGCCGUUGCUGUGCUUUUUUUUGUAUUUUCAUUCCCCUUUUUUUCGGUUCCAUUUUCCACUUUCAUGGCGUGCAGGGCAUGUGUGUUAGUGGUAGGAAGAAAAGGGAAACUCGAACGCAUUGACGAUACUAGGAAUGAAGACAGGACAGAACAGGAUACGCUUCCGCUAUAGUCAAGUUUGAACGAUUCGCAAUGAGCAUUGUGUAGUCCGUUGUCUUCUAGAGCUCCUCUUCUCUGAGUAAAUGUUUGUAAAACGAAAGCGAACGAGCGAGUGAGUGAGUUCUCGGAGGUCAUAUAAUUAGAAAUCGGAAGGGAAGGACAGAGGCCUGGCUAAACGCAACAAAUAGUAAAUGGGGAUACUCCGUUUCCGAGUGGUGCUGUUGCUGUGGAGACAUUUCUUCAUUUGAUUUUGACUUUCUCUUUAAUCAAUCUUACGAUGCAGUUCCCUUCCUUCCAAUGUAAAUACGCCACCCCUCUUCGAAUGAGUGUAGCGUGCAUUUGCACCCGGGGGGGGGGCAAUUCUUUCCGCGCCAGUUUAGCCACCAUUGUGUACAUACCCCAAAAAAGCAAGGUCAUGUGUGCGUCCGAUGACGGCGGAGGAUGCAGAAAGCUGCUCCUUAAAAAAUAUAUUUGCCAAAAAAACAAAACUGAUGCGAUGCGAUAUUAUACGAUAAAGCAGCAGCA